AUGUCGACACCAAGGCCCUCCAUGAAGCUCCUUGUUGAGUCUGGUAUCGUUCCGCGAGCUCCGAACCAAAGGCCUCUCACUAAUAUCGGCCAAAAUCAAUCCCCAUUCCCCAAUAGAGUGUCGGCAUCAAGCCCCUUUGCAAAGGAUGCAAUGACAGACCCGGAACUACUAAUCGUCUCGUACUGCACCCUCGAGGAAUGCAGCCCUACCUGGGGUGUCCGAUACUCCUGCCAAAACUUUGGAGGCGGGGCUGCUCCCAGGAGAGUAGAGGAAGCAAUAAAGAACAACUUCACUCCAGGAGUCCGAGGGGGUUCCGAGGGUGUGGCGGCAAUUUGUUCGCGCUGGAGGGAGUCUGCUGAGGUGUUCUCGAGUGCCAAACAUACGAGCUCGCCACCUCCGCUUCUAAUUAGAAGCGGUCGCUCGACGAUUUACAAGGCUAAUAUCCUCGAGACAAAAGACUUGAAGCAGCGGCUGAGUUUAAUCAGGCCUCGAUGCUCUCACCUUAAUGCCGCCCCCGGGGCUUAA